CUAUUCUGCGUCUUCUAAUUUGGUAUAUAAACUACAAAGGAAAAAGAAGAACAACAAAGAAACUGAAACACAUCGGAAAAAGAGAAAACAUGGGUUGGAUCGGAGACACCGUAGACUCCAUCAAAUCAAUCCAGAUCCGCCAGCUCCUCACCCAGGUCGUCAGCCUUGGUAUGAUUGUUACGUCUGCCCUCAUAAUAUGGAAGGGAUUGAUGUGUGUCACUGGCAGUGAGUCUCCUGUUGUCGUUGUUCUUUCAGGAAGUAUGGAACCUGGCUUCAAGAGGGGGGAUAUUUUGUUCUUACACAUGAGUAAAGAUCCAAUUCGAGCAGGAGAGAUUGUUGUUUUUAAUAUUGAUGGCCGUGAAAUCCCAAUUGUCCAUCGUGUAAUUAAGGUCCAUGAAAGGCAAGAUACUGGAGAAGUUGAUGUCCUCACCAAAGGAGACAACAAUUAUGGGGAUGACAGGCUUUUAUAUGCUCAAGGUCAGCAAUAUCUUCAAAGGCACCAUAUCAUGGGCAGAGCUGUUGGGUUCUUGCCGUAUGUUGGUUGGGUCACUAUAAUCAUGACUGAAAAGCCAAUUAUCAAGUAUAUUCUUAUUGGAGCAUUGGGGUUGCUGGUUAUAACUUCCAAAGAUUGACAGACAGUUGAAGCAAAUCGAAUGUGCGGCCAAAUCCUAAGGAGAUCCAUCUAAAGAAUUGUCAAUUGCUUCUUCUAUCCUCUCCUUUGUAUUGGCCAUUCCUAACUUUUGUAUACUGAGAAAGGAAAUGUUUUGAUAAUUUAAGGCAGUAAGAAAAAAAGAUAGUUAAGCAGGCUCAGCACCUUCUACAGUUUUCAUUUAUAAUAUAUUUAAAAUAUUGGGAUUUCUAA